UGUUUAUUAGUAUAAUUAUAGGCACACAAAAAAUGUGUCUAUGACUACCAUCAGGGUAUAACUCUUGACCUCACCUGAUGCGCAUGUGCAAUUCCCGUGGCUUCUUCUUUUCAACAUUUGGAUAUGGCUACUUGUUGUGACAAUGUUGAUGCAAGCGUCAUCUUAGACACAUUGAUUGAAAGAACUGGAAUAACAGAGGACCAGCUAGAUGGCACAGUGGAGGAGGGGCACCUGCUGAAGCUGGCUGGACUGUUUGGUGGCUGGGAGAAGUAUGUGGGAGUGCCUGGACUUGGUCUCAAUGAGGCACAGAAGGCUGAUGUAAGGGAUGCUGUUUUCCUGGGAGGGCUGAUCAAAGCUCUGACAUUUUGGCUCAAAAGAAACCCUUACUAUAACUAUCGCUCACUGAUUGAGAUUUUGUUGGAACUGAAGGAGAGGCUGCUAGCUGUCAAUGUGUGCAAUACUGUUACUACGUUGACCUUUGGUUCUAAAGAAUCCAGGCCAGUCUCAGGUGAUCUCCCUACAUUGGAGCCUUUUGAGCCAACUGACAAGAGUGCUGCAGACACUACCACCUCAGUACUGGUUACAGCAAUGCCUUCGAAUGAUGCUGCUCUCUCAGACAAAGUGAAAUGGUUUGAGGCACAGUUUUAUAGCUUACAAGAGUCGGCACAGGCUGAGCUCACAAGGGAAGGAGUCACUGUUGAAAAUUUCCGACAAUCGUUAGCACGCCUCUCGAGUUCAAUCAAAGCCGAGCAUGAGAAAUUUGUGAAAAAAAAAUAUGACACUUUCCAGAAAGCCAAGUCCAUCGAAGAAAUCUUUGUUCACCUCAACUCUUCUACCUUAGCUUCAUUGACUUUAGUCUUCUCGAGCACAUUAUCGACCACUUUGGCAGUUCUGACCUCAAGAAAAAGAUGAGCCAAUACUCCAUGGACAUGGUGCAGUUCCGCAAGACAACAACAGUGGCUGAGAUUUUCCCUCACCUGUCCGGUCGACCAGAGCCACCACCCGAGUAUGUCAAGCUGGAGAUGGAGUUU